AUGGAAAAGAACGUCAAUGACAAUUCUAGCAGUGUUCCUCAUAAAGAGGAGAACAUCAACACUGGCGAAACUACUCAGUUGCCGGUUCCGGAAUCUGAAGACAAACCCGACACUAAAUCCGAUGCCAAACCCGAAGCCGAAGCCGAAGCCGAAUCCGAUGCGAAACCCGCCACCGAACCCGAUGAUGCCAAACCCGACGUGGAACCCGACGGCGAAACUGAAAAGGCCACAGAUUCGGAAGGAGUUACUGAAAAGGAAGAAUCCAAAGAAGAGGAGGAAAAAGAAAAGAAAGAAGAAACUGUCGAGGCUGAACCGGAAUCUCCGGUUCCGAGUCUCGAGAAGGUUUUAGAUGAGAUUGACCAAUUUCUCGUGACAUUACAACAAAAAGUCCAUGCCAAAGAAUCAACACCAUUGGAAAUCCCUGAUUUCAUCCCCGUUUUCUUGCAUCUGGUGGAACAGAAGAUAGUGAAGUACGACACGGGUGAAAUGAAAUGGGGAGAAACAAUUGAAGACGAUUCCUCACUUUUGGGAUGCGCGAAUCGCAUUUCAAGGCUGAUGAACCAUUUCAUAGAGUACUCGCGAUCUCAUGCAGAGAAAGAACAAGAGGACGAGGAGAAGGUGACGGUCCGAAUAGACUUCAUGAUCAACGGCGUCAGCGUGAUUCAGCAGCGUGUGAUGUCGUUUUUGGAGGACGAGUUCCGUACACUGAUGUUAGAAUCUAGAAACCCAAAUAAACCAGACUCAAAGGGAAAACAACAGGUGGCAGACUCCUUAGAGUCGGAGCCACUCGAAGAAAGUAUUCCCGAAUUCCCAGGUUUCGCGGAGGAAGCCAUUGCGAAUCUGAACAGAAUCGCCAAGGAAAUGGUAGCCAGCGGUUACGAGAACGAGUGUUGCCAAGUCUACGCACUUUCGCGGAGGCAUGCGUUUGAGGACGGCAUGAACAAAAUUCUUGGGUACGAGAAGCUCAGCAUAGACGAGAUUCAGAGAAUGCAGUGGGAGACACUGGAGCGCGAAAUCCCCACAUGGAUCAACACCUGGAAGGAGUGCACCUCUGUAUGGUUCCCGGGAGAGCGAAAGCUAGUGGAAAUGGUGUUCGGAAAGGAAGCUGACACCGUGGUGAGCCUCAUGGGCAACAUUUCCCGCUCAAUUGUCAUUCAGCUGCUUAAUUUCGGGGAGAGCGUUGCCAUGACAAAGCGCGCCGGCGAAAAACUCUUCAAACUCUUGGACAUGUACGAGACUCUACGAGACGCCAUUCCAAUAAUGGAGACCUUGUUCCCGGAUGACAUAAUGGGGGAAAUCAAGACCGAAACGACAUCCGCAAAAUGUCGUCUCGGCGAGGCAGCAGUGUUAAUAUUCUGCGACCUGGAGAAUUCGAUUAAAUCGGAGACUGGAAGAACUCCGGUGGCGGGAGGCGCGGUUCAUCCUCUGACACGUUAUAUCAUGAACUACUUAAGGUUAGCGUGUGAGUAUAAAGAUACAUUGGAGGAAGUGUUCAAAGAGCAUUCGAAAAUCGAGCGUGCGGAUUCAACUAGCAGGCCUCGCUACGAAACCGAGGAGAGCAAAUCGAAGAACGAUAACAAACACAAAGAGGAUGAGUCGCCGUUUGCAGCACAAUUAAUGCGGGUGAUGGAACUUCUGGACUCGAAUCUGGAGGGGAAGGCGAAGCUGUACAAGGAGGUUGCGUUGAGCUGCAUUUUCAUGAUGAACAAUGGAAGGUACAUAGUGCAGAAGAUAAAAGGUUCUGCGGAGAUCUACCAAGUGAUGGGAGAAACGUGGUGUCGUAAGAGAUCGACGGAGCUGAGGACUUACCACAAGAACUACCAGGUGGAGACGUGGAGCAAGAUUCUGAGCUACCUGAGCCCUAAAGGAUUAAGCGAUCACGGGAAGGUGCAGAAGCCGGUGCUGAAGGAGCGCUUCAAGGCGUUCAACGCAGCAUUUGAGGAGAUUCACAAGACGCAGAGCAUGUGGGUGGUGAGCGAUGAACAGCUUCAAUCGGAACUUAGGGUUUCCAUCUCUGCACUUGUUAUUCCUGCGUACAGAUCCUUCUUGGGGAGGUUUUCGCAGUAUUUGGACCCGGGCAGACAAACCGAGAAGUAUGUAAAGUACCAAGCUGAGGAUAUAGAGACUUACAUUGACGAUUUGUUCGACGGGAACGCGCACGGGCGUCGCUAG